AUGUCUGAACUACCCAAGGGUCUAUCUUCAUAUCAGCAGGCAGAACAGGCCGUCCAGUCCCUCAAAGACCGUCUACCGGCAGAACUACAGAGCCCACGGGUGGCUAUUGUGUGCGGCUCUGGUCUGGGAGGCCUUGCUGACAGCAUCCGUGAUCACCCACGAGCAGAAUACGACUACGGAUCUAUUCCUCAUUUCCCCAAACUGACAGUUCCUGGACAUGCUGGCAAGCUGGUCUUUGGCUUUCUGGGUGAAGACAUCCCGGUUGUGUUGAUGGUUGGCCGCGCUCAUUACUACGAGGGCCAUUCCAUCCACCAGGUUACGUUCCCAAUUCGUGUUUUUAAGCUGUUGGGUGUUGAGACAGUUGUUUUUUACCGUGGUUCUAUGACAAAGUGGUUUACUGACAUAGCAAAGCACAUUUUCCUGUCCGGUCUGGCAGGCAAUCAUCCGCUGCGGGGACCCAACGACGAGGAAUUUGGCCCUCGUUUCCCUCCUUUGUCCGAUGCAUACGAUCUCGAGCUCCGUCGCCAUGUGCAUAAAGCCUGGAAAACGGUGGUAGACCCGCUGAGUAAGAGAAGACUGCACGAAGGAGUGUAUGCCUAUGUCGGAGGUCCCAGGUGA